AUGAUUCCUCUGAGUGUUAAUCUUGCAGGUAGCUCUCACUGGUUGUUUUCGAAACUUGUGAGUGUGGUAAUUACUAGCAGUGAGAUGGAGAAGUCUAGUACUGAGAAGGAACCUAAACAGCCUUCUUCUUCUGCUGCUCCUCCCUCUUCACAGGAACCUACUUCUGCUGUGAGUGCAGGCAUGGCUACUCCAGAUUGGUCUGGUUUUCAGGCAUAUUCUCCUAUGCCGCCUCAUGGUUUUGUGGCAUCAAGUCCUCAACCUCACCCUUAUAUGUGGGGGCCUCAGCAUAUGAUGAUGCCUCCUUAUGGAACUCCUCCUCAUCCAUAUGUUAAAAUGUAUCUACCAGGUGGCAUGUACCCCCAUCCUUCAAUGCCUCCGGGUUCUUAUCCAUAUAGCCCUUACGCUAUGCCUUCUCCAAAGAAUGGAAUGACCAAAGCUUCCGGCCAUUCUAGUGGCGGCGGCACUGAAGGUGAUUCUAAACGAUCUGCUGUGAAAGAAAAAUUGCCUAUCAGAAGAUCAGAAAGAAUAUUGAACAUGAAAACAGGAAAGAACAAUGGGACUGGAGAAAACUCAGAAACAUCAGCUAAUGAAGCUUACUCUAAAAGUGAGGAGAGUGCUUCUGAUGGUUUGAGUGAAGGAAGUGAUGCAAACUAUCAGAAUGACUCAGGAUCAGAACAAGACAGUAAGGAUGCAUCAUCAGAGAGUGGUGGUUCUGCUAAUGGUCCAAGAAAUGGAAGUGCUGGUAGUAGUACACCUCUUCCACCGGUUAGCCAGAACAUGCCAGUUAUGCCAAAGACAGCUGCAGGUGCUCCUACAUCAGCAGCCCCUAUCCCUGGAAUGCAUAGGAAAGUAUAUCAGGACGAGAGAGAAGUUAAGCGACAGAGACGGAAGCAAACCAAUAGGGAGGCUGCUGAAAGAUCCAGGUUGCGGAAACAGGCGGAAUUUGAUGAACUGGCAAAACACACAGAGGUGUUGAAUGCAGAAAACGCAAGUCUCAGAGCAGAAAUGAACAGGCUGAAACGCCAGCGGGAAGAGCUCACGUCUGAGAAUAACUCUCUCAAGGUCCAGCUUUUAUCAUUUCCUCCACUUGAAGGUAUAAACAUAAAAAUGGAAAAGGACGACCAAGAACCAGACACCUAUCAAACAGUCUUCACAGAGACAAAGUUUGUUAUGUAGACUCAAUGUUAGAAAGCAAAACCAAUUCUUAACGCAGGUAUAAAAAAGUAGGAGACAACAACACUAAGCGGUUCUUUGCCAACAGAUGGUUGUAGGAUUCUAGGGGUCAGGGACCAAUAGGUCGGUCCAGUGGUCUUAUUAUUGAUUUAUUAAUUAGGAUUAAGUUGGUGGUCUGAUAGAAUCAUGAAUAUUUUCACUACAGUUUUGUGUGAUGUGAUGAAAGUAAGUUGAGAAGAGGUUAUCCGAGAAAGUUAAUACUU